UUAAAUGCCGAUCUAAGGUUUCCUUAACUAUUGUUUGUUCUCUCAUCAGUGUCUCUCUCCAUGAUUUUGUCCUUCGUCUUUUUUCGCAUCAAAUAAUAUACGUGGUCGAAAUUUUCAGUUCUGUGAUUUUAAAUAUUAACUUUAUAAAUAUAGUUUCACCUUGUUCUUUUCUAUAAUAUCCAUUCGUUUGGCUUAAAAGGAUAAUAUCGUGUCUGUCUGUGUAUCAUGGGACUCUUGACCUCUAUCAAAAGGUCUCGUCCUCUCCAACUUAUCCUUCUUUUAUUAGGAUUAGGAUUGAUAUUUUAUAUAUUUCCAUCCUAUAUCACAUUUUCAAAUGAUGAAACUGAUUCUUAUUCCCCUGAAGAAUUGAAUUCAAUCUUACAAAAUAAAGAUGAAGAAAUCACUUUAUUAAAGAAAGUAGAAUUAACCGCUCAAAGUUUAUCAACUCCAUAUUUAGAACCUUCAAGUUUUCAUAUUAAAAAUUGGGAUUUAAAUGGUAAUACUAUGGUUAAAAAUAAUGAAUAUAUUAGAUUAACUAGUGCCAAUCCUCAUCAAUCAGGUAAUAUGUUUGCUGAUUUACCUAUUCAAGCGGAAUCAUUUGAAAUGGAAUUAACUUUCCAUAUUCAUGGUGAAAAAGCAAUUGGAUUAAUUGGUGAUGGUUUAGCUAUUUGGUUUUUAGAUCAAAAAUCUGAAAUUGGGGAAGUAUUUGGAGCUAAGAAUUUCUUUAAUGGUUUAGGUAUUAUGAUUGAUACUUAUAAAAAUGGUAAACGAGGUAAUUUCCCCUUUAUAAAUCUUAUGUUAGGUGAUGGUAAAACAAAAUAUGAUAAAGGUAGUGAUGGAUAUGAUACAAGAUUAGCAGGAUGUACUACCAAAAAUAUUUAUAAUCCUCCUGGUAAAGAAACUAAAAUGAGAAUUAUUUAUAUUAAAGAUGGUUAUUUAUCUAUUGAUGUUAAUUAUAAUGGUAUUCAUGAAGAUUGGACUAAUUGUGUUACCUUAACUGAUGUUAUUUUACCCCCAGUAAAAUAUCUUGGAUUAACCGCUGAAACAGGUCAAUUAUAUGAAAAUGUUGAUAUACUUGAAAAUAAAAUCUUUGCUUUAUAUAAACCUGAUGGAUCAUUUGUGGGAUCAAUUGAAGAAUUAUCUAAUUUAUUAUCAGAACAAAAUGAAUUUGAAAAUGAAGUUAAACAAAUUCAAGAAGAUGUUAAAAAUGCCAAAGGUUUAGAUGAUAAAGAUGAUGGUUCAAGACAUAAUAAUCGAAAGAAUCGUCCAAGUAUAAAUCAAAAGAGAAGAUCAUUACAAAGAUUAAGAAAUGCUGAAAAGAGAAUUAAAGAAAGAGAACGGAAAUUAAGAUUAGAAAAAUAUGGUGAUGAAGAUGCAACUUUUAUAAAACGUUCCAUUAAUAAUAUAUUAACUCUGAUUAAAUAUGGAGUUUAUUUAAUCCUUUUUAUAUUAUUGUCAUGGUGUGUGUUUAUAAUUUAUAGAGUUCAAAAACAAAAAAAGAAAGCAAAAGUUACUGGUUUAUUAGAUUGAAGUUUUACAAAAAGAAUAAAUUAUUACAUUUUUAUUAUUAAUUUACCUAUAUAGUAUUGAUUGACUUUUUUUUUUU